AUGACUUGGGAUAUCACUUUAGAUUUUGAAUAUGUAGUUACCAAAAAGCCUCAGCCGCGCAUAUGUUUCGGGUCCGCUUUACAACGAGACGUGAACCCAACGUCAGGGCCAUGCACCAGUCCAUUCAUGCGACGUAUGCUACCCACAGUGUAUAAAAACAUAGGACCUGGAACUUAUGAAAAUAAUCGUGACGCAUUUUAUGAUGUUACUAACAGGCACUAUAGCAAGUAUGGUUUAGGAGCUAGAUCUCCGCGGUGGCUGACGAAACAUGAAUAUCAGCCCCCGCUAAGGCCACCCCAUCCAAAAGUGCCGACCAAGCAAAACUGUGCACCCUUCAAUUCCACUUCUAAAAGAAAGGGCAUUUUUUCACCGUCCACUUUCCCGGCACCGUGCGAUUACUGUCCUGAAUAUAUUAAGCGGCAGAUGAAAUUCGCAUAUGCCUUCUCAGGGAAGAAAACACUUCGAUGUGCGGUCGAGAUAAAAUGUGUGCCCUAUAAUUUGGAUGAAUGUGGAUAUUGCGGCUGUUCAUGCUCGCAGCAGGGUGACUAUUGGCAAUAUGAGAAUAGAAUUUUCCUGUGCAGAAAGCAUUACACUCGACUAUUCAAACAUUGCCUGUCCAAAUUCCAAGGCGCAAAGCUUUCCGAGUUCAAGUCUGUAAGAGAUUGCUUUUUCGCGCACGCGCACAACAGUUGCAAAGCUGCCCUGAAGAUAAUGAAGUCUGAAGAAAUAGUUAAAAAAUUAAGGAAGGAAGCAUACUUGGACCUAUUCUUCCCACAACGUCGAUUUUGUAACAAUUAGUUUAUAAAGUUAUUUAUUUAUAUGGACCUGUAAAAGAAAUAGUGUAGCUGAAGCCCUAGCUUAUAUUAGUAGUUUUUUAUGUUUAUGGUAGCAACACUGACCUGGAUUUUUACUUCGGAAUCAAAAACGGCUCAAAAGCAGAGGAGUCAAACACAGUUAGAUAAAUAAAUCAUUAAAAAAAAGAUCAAUCAUCUGACUUUCCUCAACAUCUCUCUCUCUUUAUUAUUUAUUUUGAUAACGAAUCGAUAUUUUGGAACAAUAUAGCUACGGCAUCAUGAAAUUGGACUCGAAUAAUAAAAUGAUAAAUAGUGAGAGCGGCGCUGAUCUAUCUGAAGAAGUAGUGGACCCGCGGCAGAACGCUGAGGAUAUUAUUGAUGAAAUACUCGCAGAGUUCACCGAAUCGCGAUCACCCGAAAUCGCGAGGAAUGGUAACGGUAUACCAGAAAACUUAUUCAACAUGAUCCAGCCCCCGAGAACGCGUACCCCAGCGAACUCUUUCUCCGAGAAUGCCACAAUAGACGAUAUUGACCCGUCUUCGGACCUCGGUACGUCGAUCAGAAACAAGUGUUUGGAACUGGAGGAGAUACUUCAGAGCCUGAAGUCGCGGCUCAACCACGUAGUUCUGGACGAAAAUAUCGUUCUCAGCCCUGAGGCUAACUCUAUGGAGGCUCAGCUUGAGCAUGACCUGGACACGGAUUGCCAGGAGGACCUGUCUUUGCAGGAAUUCCUUGAGCUGCUACACUCCCAAAACAAAAUAAGCCCAACAGGAGUACAGUGAUUGCUCAACGGACCACCCUCAUAAACUAAUUCAUAAGACAAAAUUUACAUGAAUUUAUUGUGUGCAAAUUUGAAUUUUAGAUUUUAUUGAAGUACUAUUAAAUAUUCAGGCCUA